AUAUUAAAAUAAAAAAUAUUUAUUUCUUUCAUUCACUUUUUUUUCUAAUUUAUAAAGUGUAAACAAUCACUGACGUAAACAUUAAUAUUAUUAAAUUUGUAAAAAAAAAAGUGUCACCUCCAAUAAGUGCUUUAAAAUACGAAUAAACUUUCUAUCUAAUUAAAGAGAAACAUAAUUAUUUAUAUAAAAUGGCAGAGCCAAGUAGUCAGAAAAGAAGACCGGAGCGAAAGCCUCGCACGUCUGGAGCGAAACCUUCAAUGUUCGGAAAGGACGUUAGAUCACAUCUUCGUAAAGCGAAAUUUAGAAAUAGUCGUAAAAAAAUUGACGAGACAGAGGAGGAAAAGGAAGCAAGGAUACAGAAGCACUUGCCUCCCCCUCAACCAAAAAUACAUUCUUUUUCCGACGAGGAAAACGAAAGAAACGAGGAAUCAGAGGAGGAGUUCUUAAGUUAUGUCAAAGCCACUGUUUCAGAUGACAGAACGUACAAUUCCAAGGACGAUUGUUGUUCGGGCUGCUGCAAAUCUUGUGGACUUUUGUCACACGAUUUGACGUAUUUAAAAAAUGAUACCAAGUCCAAUGUUCGUAGGGAAUUUGAAGAUAGUAAAACACAGAAAGAUGAUACAGAAUUGACAAUUACAGUGAGUAAUGAAGAAAGAACAGAAAUUGAUGAGAAAAAUGCUUCUGGUGAUUGUAAAAAUGAUAAAACUUCGGAAAUUGAUAACCUUGAAGAUGAAUUAGACACUCUUUUAACAAUGGAUGCACCGAUUUCAAAAAUUCCUAUGCUUUCUCAAGUUAUUUCCAAAUCGAAAAUAAAAGAGCCUAUGUACACAUUUGGUACUGUACCAACAAAAUCUGUGGAUCUUGAAAAUUGGCUUGAAACUGUUUUGGAUGUUUAGUUCUCAUUGCACCGAAUUCUGUGUUUCAGAGUUAUUUUGAUGUUUUCUGUGUGAAAAGGAACACAAUGUUUUGGUGAUAUUGAAAAAAGUGUAUUUGUUCUUUUGUUUUGUUUUCUUUUUUCGACGAAUAUGCAGAAAGACUAGUUCGAUUGUCCGAUAACAUUGAAACGUCGUCAAUUACAAUUAUUGUGAAUAGAAAGAAAGAUAGUAUUUAAUUCUUCAGCUUGACUGUGAGGUAAGCGUGCAUGUAGUCAUAGACAACUAACAUUAUUGCUCCGCCAGGACCUAGUCGUAAAACUUUUGGUAAUAAUCCUUUGUAAAGGGCUCUGAAUCUGUUGGAAAUAUUUGAAAAAUUCAUAUUUUUCUAUUUUACUUCAAAAAUAAAAAUUAAUGACUAAGUAAUAAAUAAUUUUAAAUUAUUAAUAAAA